AUGAGCUCAGAAGACAGUUGCGAGAGUCUUUCUACUCCAAAGAUUCCUUCUAGGCCUGUAAAGCGCCAAGAACAAUCUCUGGAUAAUGCAAUUCCAGUGGUUCCCACAACACGGCCACUAAAAAACCGAACCACGGGGGUUUUGGGCCAGGUUCCUAAAGUCCCACCCAAAAGGCCAAUUAGAAGACACACUGAGGAACUCAAUACGGUCGUCGAAAACCUUAGCCCACUAGGCGAUGCCCGGCGAGCAAAUGAUACUGAAGGGCCAUCACACCACACAGAAAGCUCUCCAAGAAACUCACAGGAACCUCUCAAAAAUAAGUAUCGUCAAAAUGAAGCAAUUAGAACUUCAGAACUGGCUUCUGCAACGCGACUGCCUUUAUCUGGUCAGGUAAAUGACGAAAAGAAGUUUGAGACGGCCGAAGAAGAGGGUACGAUCUCAUCUGUUGACGACGAAGCACCAAAACCAGCCAAUCAUCCUCCGGAGGUUGACACUAUCCCAGCUAAAGGUGGCGCUUGCUCUCCACUUUCGGAGCCUUAUGAAUCUCCUAUGGAUGAGGCCGUCCCGACAUCAGAAGCAAAACCUGGCAUGAGUGUGUCGAUAUCUGAUGAAAGAAAUCAGCCCAGUACGUCUCGAACUGCUUCGAAAGGUUCAUUGAAAGAUGCUGAAGCCAACGAAGAGCCGCAAGCCGGAGCUUUAGAACAACCGCUCGGUUCCGACAAAGGCAGUCCAGAAGGUGCUUCUGCGUCUAACUAUGGCGAAGAGCUUCUGCCCGAGCAAUUGGCGACACCUGUCGAUUCUAGUGACAAUAAAAUUAUAGAGACUGCACAUGAUGUUGAUCAAGUUCAGGGUCUCGCAAAAACUGAAACCACUACCCCAUCUCCAGAUGAAAAUUAUGAAAGUGAAGUCGCGUCGUCCCAGAGCGUAUCCCGUACCUCUCAUUCUGGUCUGCGCUUGGAUCCAAAAGAAAAAUUAUUGGCCUCAGAGGUCGACUCGAAGGAUGACACAUUCCGCUCCGCACCAUUACAGAAUGAGUCGCAGGAGACGCCGAAGGUUCCAGAUAGACCUGCAAAGAGAGCCCCGCCCAAGAAGCCAUCUUCCAAAAUCGCCGCAUUUCAGGAAAUGCUCAAAAGACAGCAAAUACAAGACCAAUCCAGGUCCAAAGCUCCCUCUGAAGGAGGAGGUCAGCUCAUGAGUGAUCAGAGGGCUAAGGCUGUUUCAAACUUAAAUGGCAUCUUUGGGCUUCCGGGAAUGGUCGGAGGGGUUUUGCCGAUCACUCAAAAACAGGCGACAGGACAGGAAAAGCUUGAGGACAGAAGCAUAACAACCGAAAGCACUUCGAAUCUACGGGAAAAGACAGCAGAACCCUCCACGCAACGGAGAGCAAGGGGUCCGAAAGGAAGGAAACUUCCGGCCAAAUUGGCCGGCGUUGAGAAAGUAGAGAGAGAGAGAGGCUCUAACGAGGUCCAAGUCUUUAAAACGUGGUCUGUAUGCUUCCAAACUAAGCAAGAGAUAGGAAGCGGCGAAGCUUUAGAUGCAGAUGUGAUCGGGCAAGACAAGAAAGAGUAUCUCGGAGAGAAAGCGAUCUCGGAACAUGAGGCUCAUUCACCCGUAGAGGUAGAGAGCCAGUCCAACAUACGUGAUGGGGACUUCGAGCUUCUCAACGAUGAUUCAUCUGGUGACGACGAACGUGCUCGACUAAUUGAUUCAACUACUGUAAAAGGAGGUGAUAUUGCCGGUGAGUUGAGAUGCGAGGAUAAAGUUGAUGACGAGACAAGACCAUCUUCUAUUUUAGUAGAGGAGAAUUCCGAAGAGACACUUGAGCAAAAUGUUGACCGGAAGAAGGAGCCCGAAGAGAGAUUAAAAGAGACGGUUGAGACUUUGUAA